GCCCUGCCGUGACGCGUUUGGCGCGCGCCGCCGCGGUGCAUGCCGGUGCGGCGCGGUGGGACCAUGGCGAGCGACUUCUACCUGCGGUACUACGUGGGACACAAGGGGAAAUUCGGGCACGAGUUCCUCGAGUUCGAGUUCCGGCCCGAUGGGAAGCUGCGCUACGCCAACAACAGCAACUAUAAGAACGACGUCAUGAUCCGCAAAGAGGCCUACGUGCACAAGAGCGUGAUGGAGGAGCUGAAGCGGAUCAUCGACGACAGCGAGAUCACCAAAGAGGACGACGCGCUGUGGCCCCCUCCCGACAGGGUGGGCCGCCAGGAGCUUGAAAUAGUAAUUGGUGAUGAGCACAUCUCCUUUACCACAUCAAAAAUUGGUUCGCUCAUCGAUGUAAAUCAAUCCAAGGAUCCAGAAGGUUUGAGAGUGUUCUACUACCUGGUCCAAGACCUUAAGUGUCUAGUCUUCAGUCUUAUUGGACUACACUUCAAGAUUAAGCCAAUCUAAAUCAAACAAACUGAAGUUUGUACUGCACUGUCUGUACAUUGGGGGGGGGGGGGGAUGCUUUUUCAAUUUCUUGCUUCUUCAGGCCUGAAGCUUUUAUGUAUGUUAGAAUUUUUUUUACAGACUGUAAGUGACCGUCUUAAUAAAAUGUUGAGAUCUGUAUUUUUAACUUAAAA